GAAGAAAUUAGUGGGAUUCAAGUUAUGCAGCAACAUUUUAAAGCUAUAGCGUAUGCUGAUGACUUAACCGUAGGAAUUGGAUCUUCUACAGAUUGGAAAAUUCUUUUAUCACUGCUGCAAAAAUAUGAAAUGGCUACAAACUCUAAAAUUAAUAGAGAGAAAUCUAUUCUAGUUCCUAUAACGGAUACUGCUCAAUCAACUAGUUUAUUAAACCAAAAUCUUUUCAAAGUAGCAAAUAACGAGACACCUCUUAGGAUUCUUGGAUAUGAAGUAAAUAAUAAAGGAACGGCCAGAAAGCACCUGUGGGAAGAUCUUACUCAAAAUAUCAAGAAUAGAAUUGAGAAGAUUGCAGCCAGAAAUCUCUCCUUUAAGGGGAAAAUUCUGCUAGCAAAGACCUUAUUUAUAUCAAAGAUCUGGUAUCUGGCUUACCUUCUUCCACCUAAAAGAAAGCAACUUAACAAAAUUACCAAUCUCAUUUCACAAUGGAUAAAGGACAAAUCGAAGUUAUUACCCAGAUUUUCAACGUAUCAACUAGAUUACAAUAGAGGGGGACUGGAUGCUCCGGUUCUCAAAGAUAUACUUGAUUCUAGGCUAGUUUCUGUCUGGAUUAAACUUUUGACUACAGAUAAUACAUGGGCCAAGAUUGAGAGAGGUAUAAUCUCUCAGAGACUCCAAAGCAAAAGAAACAUUUCUGUAGUAACAGCCUUAACAAGAUCCCCAAUCAAGCUUAAAGGAUGGCCCGAUAAUUGGAAACCAUACCUAGUAGCUUGGAAAAGACUCAAAGGUUCUAUAACGGCUACAAAUGAAUGGCCAUGGAACAUUUCUCAACUAGAGAUUCAUGAACAAAUAGGCAAUAACUUUACAGUUAAAAAAGCAGCAGACUAUUUAAAACAAUCUUCAGUUCAACCAACAGCUGCUCAAGUACCUGCAAGCAUCCAGGACGGACUAUCUAAACAUUUUCAAUGGGUGACGAGCAAAGGUAUCUUGAAUAAAAAGAAAGAUAUCUUUUGGAGACUACAGAAUCAAGCACUUCCACUAGGGUACCGACUUAUGCAUAUAAGUAGAGAAAUAGAUGGAAGCUGCCUUAACUGCCCAUACGAAAGACAAACAAUCAAACAUUUUGCGAUAGACUGCGAAAUCAGUCAAACAAUUUGGAAUAAAGGAUACAGUUUUCUUAAAAAUCCAGAAGAGGAAAUUCCUCCUCUAACAUUAGAAGAAGUCUUUACAGCCUCAAAUAUUCAGAACCCAAAGAAAAAAACAACUGCGAUAUGGUUGCAUAUUACAAUUAUAUAUGAAAUUUGGUUAUGGUACACACAAGCCAGAUGGGAUAAUAACUUUAUUUCAGGAAAUAUAAUUGGACAUAUCACAAGGUCUAGGAUUCAAAAAAGCCUCAAAGAAGUCACGAACAACAACCCAACUACAGAACUACUGGAAAAACCAGAAGAUUCUUCAAAUGAACAGCUACCAGAAACUGCAAUGGAGACAGACCCUAACAACUCCACAAACUCUUCUAACCUGAUGGAAGAAACAGAAGCAGUUCCUGUAACCCCUGUUAUUGCUACCAAUAUCUCAUCUCAAAUGGAAGUAGAAUCUCAAGAUGAUCUAACAGCUCCCAGUAACACUGAUACAACUGUUGACAAUACUCCUUUUAUCACGGUAGUAUCUAGAAAACAGAAAGGAAAAGGAAAAAAGAAAGCUUAUACACGAUCAGAAGGCCCGGCAGAGGCCUUCAGAGUUGAAAGAGGGGUCAGACAAGGGGAUCCUCUCUCUCCACUUCUAUACGUACUAGCUAUCAACCCUCUGAUCCAAGCAAUUGACCAAAAUUUUAAUGGCAUUCCAGUUAAUAACUCUACUUUUAGAGUUGCAGCAUAUGCAGAUGACCUUUCAAUUGCAUCUCUAGAAGAAGCACCUGCAGAAGAUUAUACACCAGAAAUCGCAAUGGAAACAGAUCUUAGUAACUCUACAAUCUCUAGCUCAACAGAAGAAACAGAAGCAGAAUCUACUUCUGCUAUCGAUUCUAAAAAUAUUUCUAAUCAAAUGGAAAUAGAAUCUCAAAAUGACACAACACCUUCUAAUGCUGCGAUUGACGAUAAUACACCUUUUAUCACAGUUGUGUCCAAAAGACAAAAAGCAAAAGGCAAGAAAAAAUCUUAUAAUCAAUCGGAAGGCCCUUUGGAGCAAUACAAUUAA